AGGGUGCGCGCCGGCUCGCAGUCGCCGAACAAAGAAAUCGCGAGCUGCCGCGGGGACCCGCCACCGACCUCCCGGGCCGCGCCGGGGCCCGCCGCCCGCCUCCACCAUGACUGCCAACGGCACGACCGAGGCGGUGCAGAUCCAGUUCGGCCUCAUCAACUGCGGCAACAAGUACCUGACGGCCGAGGCGUUCGGGUUCAAGGUGAACGCAUCGGCCAGCAGCCUGAAGAAGAAGCAGAUCUGGACGCUGGAGCAGCCGCCCGACGAGGCGGGCAGCGCGGCCGUGUGCCUGCGUAGCCACCUGGGCCGCUACCUGGCGGCAGACAAGGAUGGCAACGUGACCUGCGAGCGCGAGGUGCCCGGCGCCGACUGCCGCUUCCUGAUCGUGGCGCACGACGACGGCCGCUGGUCGCUGCAGUCCGAGGCGCACCGGCGCUACUUCGGCGGCACGGAGGACCGCCUGUCGUGCUUCGCGCAGACCGUGUCGCCGGCCGAGAAGUGGAGCGUGCACAUCGCCAUGCACCCGCAGGUCAACAUCUACAGUCUGACCCGCAAGCGCUACGCACACCUGAGCGCGAGGCCGGCGGACGAGAUCGCGGUGGACCGCGACGUCCCCUGGGGCGUCGACUCGCUCAUCACGCUGGCCUUCCAGGACCAGCGCUACAGCGUGCAGACCUCCGACCACCGCUUCCUGCGCCACGACGGGCGCCUGGUGGCGCGCCCCGAGCCCGCCACGGGCUACACUCUCGAAUUCCGCUCCGGCAAGGUGGCCUUCCGCGACUGCGAAGGCCGCUACCUGGCGCCGUCCGGGCCCAGCGGCACGCUCAAGGCCGGCAAGGCCACCAAGGUGGGCAAGGACGAGCUCUUCGCCCUGGAGCAGAGCUGCGCCCAGGUCGUGCUGCAGGCCGCCAACGAGAGGAACGUGUCCACGCGCCAGGGUAUGGACCUGUCGGCCAAUCAGGACGAAGAGACCGACCAGGAGACUUUCCAGCUGGAGAUCGACCGCGACACCAAAAAGUGCGCCUUCCGCACCCACACGGGCAAGUACUGGACGCUGACGACCACCGGGGGCGUGCAGUCCACCGCCUCCACCAAGAAUGCCAGCUGCUACUUUGACAUCGAGUGGCGUGAUCGGCGGAUCACCCUGCGUGCGUCCAAUGGCAAGUUUGUGACGGCCAAGAAGAACGGGCAGCUGGCCGCCUCGGUGGAGACAGCAGGGGACACAGAGCUCUUCCUCAUGAAGCUGAUCAACCGCCCCAUCAUUGUGUUCCGUGGGGAGCAUGGCUUCAUUGGCUGCCGCAAGGUCACAGGCACCCUGGACGCCAACCGCUCCAGCUACGACGUCUUCCAGCUCGAGUUCAACGACGGUGCCUACAACAUCAAAGACUCCACCGGCAAGUACUGGACGGUGGGCAGUGACUCCUUGGUCACCAGCAGCAGCGACACCCCCGUUGAUUUCUUCUUCGAGUUCUGCGACUACAACAAGGUGGCCAUCAAGGUGGGUGGGCGCUACCUGAAGGGGGACCACGCGGGGGUCCUGAAGGCCUGCGCCGAGACCAUCGACCCCGCCAUGCUGUGGGAGUACUAGUCCCCGCCACCCUGCCGCGUCCCGGUCCCCAGCCUGCCCUGACCCCUCCUGCUAAUCCUCCUCCAGGUGGGCGCUGCCGAGGGCGGCACGCCCCUUGCCUUUCAAACUGGAAACCCAGAGAAAACGGUGUCCCUACCUGUCGCCUGUGUGGCCUCUCCCCCGUGGGUCAGCGGCUGCGGCCUGGUCCUCAGGUGGACCGUGGCCCUCCGCCCUCUCCUCUGCCGUGGGCGAGGCUGGCACAUCUUUCUUCUGACCUCAGAUGACUCUGAGCCUUAUUUUCCCAAAGCGGCCGAUGCGCAGUGGGGGCUGGGGGCCUGGGUGUGGAGGCUGUAACUGGAAUGUCCUACUCCCCCUCCCUGGCCGAGAUCCCCGCAGCUUCCCAGGAGCCGGGCACCUGCCCCCAAGCCCUUCGGGGGCCCCCAUCCCGGUGCAUCAGCCCUGCAUCGGGAGGAGGGCCGUACAGGCAGGGGGCUGGAACCAGAGUGCCCAGCACCUGUCCCCUCUGCCCUGGGCAGGCCUGCCUACCGCACGUCCCUGUGGUCUGGGGCCCGCUCCUGUCUCUUUCAUCCCCCCUGGCCUGACUGGAAGCAGAAAAUGACCAAAUCAGUAUUUUUUUUUUUUAAAGAAACGUUAGGAACGUUUUGUUGGAGGCAGCUCGGGCAAGCCUGGGUAUAGCCGUGAGUGGCCCUCAAGGGGUCUUGGGGGGAGGGUAUUGGGACAGCAUCUCCAGGCCUGGGUGCCCUCAGCUCACUAGUGGUGGGGCAGGCUCCCUGGAAUUUAGAAUCUGCCCCCGCCCCGGCCCAGGGGCUCCCCCAGGCACUCCUACCUGUCCCCCUUCCUGGCCUGCGUCUCUACCUGGUGGUGCUGUGCCCCUCACUGCCUCAGCCAGAGCCUCUGGCCGGCGCGGUCGGUGCUCCUUGUCGGACUGGACUCUGGGUUUCGGGGCGGGAUAAGGCCGGGGGCCACCCUCAGCUGGGAGCCUGCCAGGAGCCACCCUGCCCCUGACCCCUGGCUCCCAGGGCCCCCCGCCAGCCCCUCCCCCCACCUUGGUUCGCCUCACCAUGCAUCUCACUCUGGGUGUCUUGGCCUUUUAUUUUUUUGUAAGUGUCAUUUGUAUAACUCCAAAUACCCAUGAUAGUAGCUUCGGACUGGAAAGAGCUAAAUAAAAUAACACAAAUCCAGCA